AGCGCUGCUCAGUCUUGUGAGAGAGCACAAGCGGCUGUGUGAAACCUUCAGUCGCAGCUGAACAAGCGAACAUUCACACACACACACACACACAUGCGGGAGAAUACGUGCUCCUGACUCGAUGGACUUUCUGGACAUCUCUACUAGAAACCCUCAGGAUGAUUUUGAAAUCCUGCUGCGCAUCGGAGGAGGGACGUAUGGAGAAGUCUACAAGGCCCGGAAUAAACAGUCGGGGGACCUGGCCGCCAUAAAGCUUAUCAAGAUGGAACCUGAGGACGAUUUCUCAGUGAUCCAGCAGGAAAUCGUGAUGGUGAAGAGUUGCAAGCACAGCAACAUUGUGGCCUAUUAUGGCAGCUACAUCAGGGCAAAUAAACUGUGGAUCUGUAUGGAGUACUGCGGAGGAGGAUCCCUACAGGACAUCUACCAUGUGACGGGCCCUCUCACAGAGCUGCAGAUCGCAUAUGUGUGUCGAGAGAUGCUCCAGGGGUUGGAUUAUCUCCAUGGUCAGAAGAAGAUACACAGAGACAUCAAGGGUGCCAACAUUCUCUUGAAUGACCAGGGUGAAGUUAAGUUAGCCGAUUUUGGAAUCUCAGCGCAGAUAACAGCCACAUUUGCACGCCGGAUGUCCUUCAUCGGGACUCCAUAUUGGAUGGCGCCCGAGGUGGCAGCGGUGGAGAUAAAGGGGGGCUACAAUGAGCUGUGCGACAUCUGGUCUGUAGGGAUUACAGCCAUAGAGCUGGCGGAACUGCAGCCCCCACUGUUUGACGUCCACCCACUGAGGGUGCUGUUUCUAAUGUCUAAGAGUGGCUACCAGCCUCCAAAACUCAAAGACAAAUCCAAGUGGUCUACCAUGUUUUAUAACUUCGUGAAGUCGAUGCUCAUCAGGAACCCCAAAAAGAGACCAAGCGCCAAGAAGAUGCUCUCACACCUAUUUGUGACCCAGCCAUGUUUGAGGCAGGAGUUGACCCUCGAACUCCUGGACAAACUACGGCAUCCUGAGAAACUGAAAGAAUGUUUACAACCAGAUGAUGAAGACAUAGAGAUGACGGUGCCAAACUCUCUCAGACGAAUUCACUCAAUAAACAGACACAAUCAGGCCGAGAGGACCAACUCUGACAUCAGCCUGGAUCAGAUCUACACACAGAGACCAGUGAGCCGAAGACAGGAAUUGUCAGACGGGACGUUACGGCCCACAGUUCAAUGUCAGUGGGUGGGCUCUCCAGACACCCCACCCAAAGGCCCAGUCAGAGACGACAGCACAGACUCCGACGACUACGACGAUGUGGAAAUACCGGCCAGCCAUUUCACGAGUAGCACACUGCCUGUUGGUGAUAUUCCUCCUCCUCUUCCUCCAAAGCCAAAGAUCCGCAGCAGUUCGGAGGAGAGCAUGGCUGGAGACGAUGAUCGCAGCAAAGCUCCUAGUCUCUAUGCUCUGGCUCCAGCUCCGCUGCUCAGAACGUCCAGCGGAACACACACACACAGUCGGCCAGUGCCGCGUCCGCGGUCCGUCCGCAACGUCAACUCAGAUCCCUCCACGUUCUCAGGUUUUAGGUCAGAUCCUGUGGAUCCACAGCAGCCUCCUCAACUCCCACCCAAAAAAGACAGGCGGCGCAGACAGCCUGCUAAGGAACCACCUGAAUCUGCCAGUCCACUACAGAAGAAGCCGCCGAUAUUCUUUAAGAAGGUGUUCCACGGCUGUCCUUUAAGAAUCAACUGCUCCACGACGUGGGACCACCCCACCACCAAAGAACACCACCUGAUCCUGGGGGCUGACGAAGGAAUUUUUACGUUAAACCUUAACAGCUCUGAGGCCACAAUUGAGCUGCUUUUUCCAGGGAAGUGCACAUGGGUGUACACAAUAAGUGGGGUCUUAAUGUCUAUAUCAGGAAAGUCCUCUCAGCUACACUCACACUCGCUAAAGGAACUGUAUGAACAGGCCCGGAAAGAGCACCGCGUGGUCGCCCUGCCAACACACAGACUGCUGCCCAGGAAAUUUGCAAUCAGCACCAAGAUUCCUGAAACAAAAGGAUGCCGAGCCUGCUCUGUCGCCCACAAUUCUCAGCGCGGCUGUGUGUUCCUGUGCUGCGCGCUGGACGCCAGCGUGGUUCUUCUGCAGUGGUACGAGCCCAUGCACAAGUUCAUGCUCAUAAAGCACUUUGACUUCCCGCUGCCCACUCCUCUGCGACUGUUCGAGAUGGUGGUGGUGCCGGAGCAGGAGUAUCCGCUGGUGUGCAUUGCGGUCAGCAGGGGCCCAAGCGCCUCACAGCCUGUUCACAUGGAGAACAUCAACCUCAACUCCAACACCUCCUGGUUCACCAGCACUGGCCUCGAGGCCCAAAGUGCGGACAGAGUUCAGCUGAAUCAGCUGGACAACAACACACUCCUUGUUCUCAUUGAGAAUACAGCACACUUGGUGAACCUGGAGGGGGCAGUAAAGAGUCACAGGAAAGUGCAUACGGAGAUCAGCUUCACUCUAGAAGUGGACGCAGUAGUCUAUUUUGAGGAAACACUGUUGGCAAUAUGGAAACAUGGCUGGCAGAGGAGAGGAGAAGUUUUAUCAGAAAUUCUGCAGGAGAUCACGGACCACAGGAAAACAUUCCGCCUCAUUGGCUCAGACAGGAUGGUGGUCCUGGAGACGCGUCAGUGUGAAGACCAGUCUGGAAUGUGUAAUCUGUACAUCCUGGAGAUUGCGGAGAACUUCGUACUCAUGCCCUGAGUACACCCCGCCCGCCCCAUUUUCUCAUCUCGCCCAAGCAGCCUUUUAUCUAUAAAUCAAGAUGUGGACACUGACAUCAGAAAGUUGACCGCUGUGCGUGCACCGAAAACACCGGACAUUUCUGACGCCUCCACUGACACACACACCUCUGCAUGUGUGUUUGUGUGUGCACGCUCUUCUUCCAUUUCACUUCUGCUCGGACUUUGCAAGUCUGUGCAUCUACAGUAUUGAGAUAUUCCUAUCCGUGCGCUCGAGCCAAAGCCAUCACUGGCUGGAGAAGAGAACAUUCCAGAUCUUCAGGGACCAGGUCAUCAAAACGUUCCCGUCUUGUUGGUGCUAAUUAGACGUUAGCAUAACCUUACCAUUGGAAAUAGGCCUAGGGAUUGUUUAAGAAGAGUUUUGCGGAAAAUGCACACUUUUCCCGUCCCUCCAAAUGCAGUCGAUCAGCCAAGUAUGUCUGGUUUUCAAUGUUUGGUUCUUUAGCUGUGGAGCUAGCGUAACUAACAAGUAUUAAAAGUUAAUUCUAGCCCAAGUACAAAAGAAAAUCAAGAGCUCCCCGACCAGACAAACAGAACUUAGAACAGUAGUGACCAACCCCGGUCCUGGAGAUCCACCUUCCUGUGAACUCUAGUUCCAACCACACCUGCACCAGCUAGUUACCUUCUUCAGAAGUUCUUGAGUGGUUGGAUUCAUCACUGCAGAAAUCCGAUCAAUCAUAACUGGAUUUCUGCAGUUAUCUGAUUAUUCAAACGGUCAUGAAAACAGCACACUCUGAUUUCUUAAACCAGCAUAAGGUCUAGAAAUCUGAUAAAGAGGCUGGAUUUUAGCUUAGUAAAAUGAUUUCUAAGUGCGUGUGGACUCUUUCUGAUUUCUUUCGUUUCCCUCAGGCUGCGCAUGUGUGAAAAAAGACCGCCGUACCGGAAAUAAGCGAGCAGCGGUGCCGCGAGACGCAGCAAAACACUGAUGGAGUGACAGUGAAACCGACUGCAUGCUUGACGAAAUGAAGGAUUUUUAUAUUCUUCAUCUUCUAGAUGAUGUAUGUUCAUAUUUUUAGUAAAGUGGUAUGAUGUUUAAAAAAAGCCACUGCAUGAAGAUCGGGUUUUACAUUGUGUUCACAUCACGUCGUCUUCUGUGAGUUUACUGGCUGGAUGCACAGCAGAAAUCCAAUUACUGUCUGACUGUCUGUAGACCUGGAGUUUCCCCAUUAUCUGAUUACUCAAGUGCAUGCUAAUGCGUUGAUCAGACUACUGUCAAUGAUUUUCUGCUGUUAUCAGAUUAUUAAGUGCAUGUAAAUGCACUCAGCGUUGAGGGAGGGGUUGGCAGCAUGUUAGAUGUAGGUUGGUGCAGGAAAGCAGAUCUCCAAGAAGUAGGGUUGGUCCUGGAGGGCCAGUGCCCAGCACAGUUUGGUAGUUCCUCUACUCAAACACUCCCAUCUAACCUUGCAAUUAACAGGUCACUGUAUUUAGGGGUGUUUGAGCAGGUAAAUCUACAAAAUGUGGCCCUCCUUGACCAGAAUUGUGGACACCUGACCAAAAAUGUUCUAAUUCUAGGUCAUUUGGUUUUGUGUGCUCUUUUCUGUCCUGCAAACUUUAGAAUGUUGGUGUUCAUUGCAGAAUGCUUGAUUGCUGCACUCUGGCCUUAAAGAAUCCCACUUCUGACACCAGACCUGAGACCACUUCCGUCUUGGCUAAAUGACCAAUUUGUGGUAAUGGGGAAAAAGUGUGCACACACCGUCCAGAGGAGCAGAACUGUUGCUCCAGCUGAAAGCAUCUCUGCACCCACCAUGAAGGAACUUAAUGGUUGGUUAUGAUGGCGACCAUGCCUUUCCACAUUGAAUGCUGCUCAGGAAUCCCACACAAUGUCUGAAUCUGUAGAAAUGAGUCCAUCCUGUGCUGAAGAAUCUCUGUGCCCCUGUGACGGGAAACAUGAAAACACCGGCCUGCUUUUCUGAGUCAAAUUAAGGCGUUAACUUAAGUUUAAUCAAGGGAGCCAUCAGUGAGUUCUGGCUGCAAAUUUCCUGAGAUAAAACUCUAGGCCGAUGUUGUGUUAUAAUGAUAAUAAACUUGUGUUGUACAUUCUC